AUGAGUAGUGGGAACUGGGUAAUCUAUGUUUCGCUGCUGUUUGUGGCCUUGAACAAGCUCUUGCAGUACACUGCCAGCUAUCACGACUCGUGGGGAUCCCGACUGGCUUUGCCCAACGUGAAAGCUGCUGGCAAUAAGUACCGUGAGGUUCUAGCUGAGCAUCAGAAACUAGCUGCUUCGAAUAGAGCUGUAUCUGCACAGGAUGACUAUGCCCGUUGGACCAAGAAUAAUAGGAAACUGACCCAGAUGGAAAACGAAUUGAAACGUCUAAAGGAGCAAUUGGCUGCAGCUACGGCUCAGAAUAAGCAGAUGCUAGGUAAGUUACGUUUGGUAAGCCUUACGUUGCCUUUCUUGGCGCUGAAGCUUUGGAAGGGCAAACAUGUUGUCUUCUACCUGCCCAAGUCGAAUGUCUUUCCCAAGGUAAUAUCUGGUGUAUGGUCUCAGGGAUGGCUUUACCUUGCACUAGCACCAUUGAAAUUGGUUACCGGAAAAUCCGUGGUUACAGCCAGUACAGCAGAAGUAGGAGUUUCAUUAGGGAUCUGGCUGUGGGCGUUACAAAGAGUUAUUGACACUUUAGAAUUCCUGUUGAAACAGCUACUACUGACACCAGCCAUGGCAAGACCUUCAGUUGGCGAAAAGCACGAAAUCACCAGCGACAAAGUCGCUUUGGAUUAA